AUUCAGAUCUGCUGUGAACCCCAAAUACACACGUUAUGUCACGUUACGUCCGGAAGCUCACUUCGCUGAUUCCAUUGACAGAGGUUCCCGUUUCACGGGCCUUGCGUGCCUCACCGUGCCAUCGCUUCCUUUGCCUGCAGUUCGUUGUGAGCGGGAAGCGGUGACGUCUGGAAACCAUUGGACCACCGAAACGCCAUGCUGCACAUGGAGGCUCCGCCGGAGGCUCGUGGCAAACUGGAGUCCUUCGAUUGCAAGGAGGAUGUGUACAAGGAGUUGGACACGGGAGCCACGGCGAUCAUGUUGAGGCGGCUACCAGCCAAGUUCACGGCGGAAUCGCUGAUUCAGGUGCUGGAUGAGAUCACACCAGGCCGCUACAACUUUGUCUACGUGCCCCACGACAAGCGCAAGCUCCGAAACUUGGCGCUCGCCUUCGUGAACUUCAGCGAGCCUUCUGCAGCACAGCAGGCCUAUGACUUUUUCAAGAACGUGAAACACCCGGUGAUGGGCCCCAGCGUGCGAGUCUGUCAGGCAGAUAUCCAAGGCCUUGGCAGCAAUCUGGCCUAUUUCAUGGCAAGGUUUGGACUACAAGAGAUGGGCAAUCCGCACGCACCAAUGGUCUUCGAAAACGGAGUUCGUCAAACCAACAUGGUGGAGGCCGUGAAACGCCACGUGACGGUGGACUUGCUCGUGCAAGCCCACAACCGGAUGGAAAUGCAAGCCAUGAAGAUCGCUGCUCCUCAAGCCGCUCCAGAGCCGGUGACACAGUGGGCAUCCCAGUCGCCAGCCUCCAGGAGGAGCAGUCCUCCAACAACACCAGUUCCAGCAAGCAGGGCUUCGUAUGCAUUGCCCUGCCCACCCGAUAUUCCGAUGCCAAGCUUCUCACAGCCUUGCCAAGGAGCCAUGGCGCCGUACAGUUUUCAAGGCCGGCGCCAUGGGAUGCGGGGGAACGACUCCGUUCCCUUCAAGGACACUGCGAUCAAAAGACACACCAGUGACUUCUCUGGGUGGACGCCGCGAAUCGUCUCACUUUAAUUGUUCAGCAUGGUUCAGCUGUGCAGCUGUGCCAUGGGCAUCAAAUCUGGGACUCAGCUCGUUUCACUCCGGGGAGAUUGACUCAUCAAGGGGUCUUUGAUGUUGGGGUCUUUGAUGGUCGACCUGCAAUCCCCCAAAAAGACCUACCAGGGGCCUCACAAACCAGCAAAGACCUGGUUUUCCC